GUGAUAGUAAAAAGUUUCGAACGUAUUGCGCUACACUCUGGGGCUGCUUAAUGGCGAAGGUUAACAUUUGUAAUGUUGAGGUUUUGGACAACCCUGCUUCAUUCUUUGAUCCAUUUAAGUUCCGUAUAACAUUUGAGUGUCAUGAACCUCUAGAUGAUGAUCUAGAAUGGAAGUUAGUGUAUGUUAGCAGUGCCUACAACCCAGCUUUAGACCAGACAUUGGAUUCCAUCUUAGUUGGUCCAAUUCCAGUUGGUCGUCAUCAAUUUUCUUUUGAGGCUAAUGCUCCUGAUCCAAAAAUAAUUCCUAAUGAAGACAUUGUUGGCGUAACAGUUGUGCUUAUACAAGCUUUGUACAGAGAUAAAGAAUUUAUACGUGUUGGUUAUUAUGUUAACAAUGAGUACAAAACAGAAGAAUUACGUCUUGAACCGCCGGCUGAACCUUUACUUAACGAACUGGAACGACAUAUAAUAGCUUCAGACCCUCGUGUUACUCGCUUUCCAAUUGACUGGGGUGAUGGUCUCUUAGAUGGGUGCCCAGAACCAGAACAGCCUACAGAAGAUAACGAAGAGUCUAAUUUACUGGUUAAUGAAGAACAAGUGGAAAAUAUUUCUCAACUGGAUCAGGAAAAUGAGGGUCAAAAUAAUAAAUUGGAGCCAUCUAGUUUUUGUGAAGGUCAGUCUGGUGUACAGUUUAUAGAAAAUACAUCGUGUAUGCCGCUCCAUCCUGUCCAGUCAUCAAAUGUUCCUGUCGACACUUUCUGAACUCCUUGAUAAACGUUACUCUCAAGAUUGCAUUUUAUAAUAAACUUUUAUAUCAGAAUGUAUCACACGUCUAUGGUGAUGUUGCUGUUGAAUGUUCAACUUGCUAUACUAGGUAUCGCUCUUUUUUAUGCCUACAAGAUUUAUUACGCUUUAUAUUUUUCUAACUGUACAAUUGUUCGAUGUACCUAAUAACAUUCUAAUUUUAUUCCUUUGCUUUUCAACCGUAUUGUGAAUAGUGGUUUGUCUGCUACAUUGUUGAAAUACUGGGAACAGUAGACAACCAUAUAUAAUAGAAUAGGAUGUAAACCUGUAGACUAUAAAUGGAAAGGAAUUCGAUAAUUUCAUUUAUCUUCGUAUUUAUGUCAAGGACAAAAAAUAAUGUUUUACUCCUGGUGAAGGCUGACCAGAUCAUAACAUACUAUCAACCUGAGUCAUUGACUAGUGAUUUAAAUCAUUUAAGAAAUG